UGACGGUGGCCAGGGGUCUUGCCCUGCCUGACCAUGGACCAGGACUAUGAGCGGCGCCUGCUCCGCCAGAUCGUCAUCCAGAAUGAGAACACGAUGCCAUGUGUCUCGGAGAUGCGGCGGACCCUGACGCCUGCUAAUUCCCCGGUGUCCUCUCCCAGCAAGCACGGAGACCGCUUCAUCCCCUCGAGAGCCGGGGCCAACUGGAGCGUGAAUUUCCACAGGAUCAAUGAGAAUGAGAAGUCUCCCAGCCAGAACCGGAAAGCCAAGGAUGCCACCUCCGACAACGGCAAAGACGGCCUGGCCUACUCAGCCCUGCUGAAGAACGAGCUGCUGGGAGCCGGCAUCGAGAAGGUGCAGGACCCGCAGACCGAGGACCGGAGGCUGCAGCCCUCCACGCCAGAAAAGAAGGGCCUCUUCACGUAUUCCCUCAGCACCAAGCGCUCGAGCCCCGAUGAUGGCAACGACGUGUCUCCGUACUCCUUGUCCCCUGUCAGCAACAAAAGUCAGAAGUUACUACGGUCCCCACGGAAACCCACCCGCAAGAUCUCGAAAAUCCCCUUCAAGGUCCUGGACGCACCUGAGCUGCAGGAUGACUUCUACCUGAACCUGGUGGACUGGUCGUCCCUCAACGUGCUCAGUGUGGGGCUGGGGACCUGUGUGUACCUGUGGAGCGCAUGCACCAGCCAGGUGACCCGGCUCUGUGACCUCUCUGUGGAAGGGGACUCUGUGACCUCUGUGGGCUGGUCUGAGCGGGGGAACCUGGUGGCGGUCGGCACGCACAAGGGCUUUGUACAGAUCUGGGACGCAGCUGCGGGAAAAAAGCUGUCUAUGCUAGAAGGCCACACGGCGCGUGUCGGGGCGCUGGCCUGGAAUGCCGACCAGCUCUCGUCUGGGAGCCGGGACCGCAUGAUCUUGCAGAGAGACAUCCGCACCCCUCCCCUGCAGUCAGAGCGGCGGCUGCAGGGCCACCGGCAGGAGGUGUGCGGACUAAAGUGGUCCACAGACCACCAACUCCUCGCCUCGGGGGGCAAUGACAACAAGCUGCUGGUGUGGAACCACUCAAGCCUGAGCCCCGUGCAGCAGUACACAGAGCACCUGGCAGCCGUAAAGGCCAUCGCCUGGUCCCCACACCAGCACGGGUUGCUGGCAUCAGGCGGCGGCACAGCCGACCGCUGCAUCCGCUUCUGGAACACGCUCACAGGGCAGCCGCUGCAGUGCAUCGACACGGGCUCCCAAGUGUGCAACCUCGCCUGGUCCAAGCAUGCCAACGAGCUGGUGAGCACCGCGGCAAUGUCCCCUGAUGGGGAGGCGAUAGUCACCGGUGCUGGAGAUGAGACCCUAAGAUUCUGGAAUGUCUUUAGCAAAACCCGUUCGACAAAGGAGUCCGUGUCUGUCCUCAACCUCUUCACCAGGAUCCGGUAAACCCGCCGGGCGGGUCCACGCUGCACCAUCUGUCUGGGGUCAGAAGACCCCUAUCUCCUCAGCUUGCAUGGAGCCCGCCCUCCCCCCAUGCACGGUCCCCAGAGGAAGGUGGCCGGGUGGGCGGGAGCCGGGCCUGGAGAACCCCGGAGAGUCUCAUUAAACGCCUGAUUGUGAACUAUGUCCACCAGUAUUUGGGGUGGGGACAUGGUCGGGGAACCCUCAGCACUGGGAGCUCCGUCUCCCUUCCCGAAGGGCAAGAACCACACCAGGUGGCCUCCUGGCCCCCGCUCGGACCGUCUGUACUUGGGGCGUGUUACGCACCUCCCGGACCCCAUGUGCUUCCGUGCUGCGUCUGUUGUCUCGUCGGGCUGCACGCUCUUCGUGGAAGCACCCACCUGCUGCUGCCACACUAUCCAGGCCCAUGCUGGGACGGACAGCCGGACGCUGGCUGGUCAGCGGGGAGACUGAGCAGGAGGACCUGAGACCCCAGCCGUGUCAAACCCAAAACUGGAUGGCCCUGUCAGCCAGUGGAGCCCAGCCUGUGGUUGAAGAGGACGUUUCCUACCUGCUUAAAGUGUCUUUGCAGCCACCUCCGCUGUCACUGCCCCCAGGCAGUGAUCUCAGUGCCAUUCAAGCCGGUGGCUUUUCAGCACUGGCCCUGCCUUUGCGCCAGAGAGCUGCUCCAGGUGGACUUUUUCUCCAAGGAAGACCGCAGUGAGGGCCACUUGCCGUCCUGGCUGCAGCGCGAGCACGGGCAGACUGAACGUCCUUGUGUUUUGUGUCACUUCCCCAGGCGAGACGCAGGCGGCCAGUCCUGGUGGGCAGAAUCAGCGUGUCUUCCCCCAGAUGGGGCUGUCCAUCCAUCUGUGUGACUGCUGAGGGGAAGCCAGAGGAGAAGGACCAUGGGAGGGUCCCCGGUGGGAGCAGAGGCUUCCUGGACUCCCCUGACAUCUCAUCCUGUCUCCUCCUCUCCCAUGUCCCCAGCAGCAGGCAGCCCCUGGGUGCCGCAGGAGGGAUGGUGUGGGGAGGGGUGGUCGGGCCUGAGCAGCUGCCCUCCUCCUCCCCAUCCCCCUGCACUGGUGGAAACAUGGAGCCAGGGUGAGUGGGUCUGGGGUGGGGGUGGGGGCUGACACAGCCGACAGGGCCGGGGAGGCCCACAUUGAGCCCCACCCGUCACCGCACUGUUCUUGGGUACUUCACCCCCAACCCCCCGUUCUGGCGGUCUGUGCCCCCCCCGGUGGGCGUGUCUGUGUGCAUGUGUAUAUAUGUACUUGUGAUUUUUGGGGGGAUUCGUUCUUGUGUUUUUGUUGACCAGUCCCAGAAAUGCUUAAGACUAGACGGGGAGGCAGGGGUCACAGUGUAAAGCCCUGUCAUUUAAAGGAGGCUGAUCAACUAAACCUACUGGUCAGAUGCACGUCUGUCUCUGCGUGUGUCCAGGAAGAGGGUAGCCCUGGCCCCCCUCCCCAUCCCAUCCUGCUGCAGGGGGGACUGUGUGUACAUACAAGUGUGUAUUUUGAUUGGUUGAGAUUUUA